GCUUAAAGCCCCUUACCUACACGUCAUGUGAUUUGCCGCUGGCAGCCGAAAAAGGACAAUGACCCCCAUCAUAGAGGAGCAGAAAACGUACUACACCCUUUUCCUUUCCCUCGAAGUCCAACGGAAAUUAUGGAAUCGCGCGAUACGGUUCUGGGCGCACAAAUCGCUUGUUCCCUUCGAUUUUCGUUCGACACCAUGGAAAUGGGCGUUCAUCUACUAGUGAACGAGGGAAAGCUCAAUCUGACGAUAAAGUCGGCGGCGAUGGUAUGGAAGAAGACCUCGUGGACACUUUCAGUCAGCAGUUCGACACCAGGACAUUCUAGGGAGGAAUGCUCACACAUAUCAAGAACAUUUGCGCCUCCUGUGACGGCCUUGAGUAUCAAAUCCGGCUCAAUGAUUGUAGAAUGCUUACCAUUCUCGAACGAAACGGUUCAGGUUUCCUUCGGCUUGCAGACAGCUGCCACGAGUUGGUGCAUGCCAUCCGUGCAUGUUGUAGCUGUAUUUUCAUAUCUUCCUUUCAGCUUGAAGCACCUGGCUUCAAAUAGAAUGCGAACACUCUUCCGAUCAUAUUGUGAAUCCGUACCAUUCAUUGUCCUUUACCCUCCACAAAAUUCAGGUGUCAGACACAUGUUUUGUCACCUUAGCUACCACCAAUCAACUGUUUUUGCCUGUUUUUACUGCUCUCUGCGUGAUUCCUUUGAAACACUAAAACUACAUUCAAAGUGCCAGUGCCGACGCUUUCCAAGCUUCUGGUAAUGAUACGGGCUCGGGAUCUGGAAUCGCCAAAAGUUACCCGUCG